ACGCCUUCGAGGCGAGCAGACUUGGUGAUUGGACGUGACGAUAGCGCAAAUUACCCAGCGUGGGCACAAAGAACUGUGCGGUACUAAUUAGAGGAAAAUGGCGCUGUCGUCUGCAGGAGGAACAAAGAAGAAAGUUUGCUAUUAUUAUGAUGGCGACGUGGGUAAUUAUUACUAUGGUCAGGGUCAUCCCAUGAAACCCCACAGGAUCCGUAUGACCCACAACCUGCUGCUCAACUAUGGACUGUACAGGAAGAUGGAGAUAUAUAGACCUCACAAGGCCAACGGAGAGGAGAUGACCAAGUACCACAGUGACGACUACAUCAAGUUCCUGCGUUCCAUCCGGCCAGACAACAUGUCAGAACACAGCAAGCAGAUGCAGAGAUUCAAUGUAGGAGAGGACUGCCCAGUGUUUGACGGCUUGUUUGAGUUUUGUCAGCUCUCAACGGGAGGCUCUGUCGCAGGGGCAGUGAAGCUGAACAAGCAGCAGACGGACAUCGCCAUCAACUGGGCCGGAGGACUCCAUCAUGCCAAGAAGUCCGAGGCCUCUGGGUUCUGCUACGUCAACGACAUAGUCCUCGCCAUCCUGGAGCUGCUGAAGUACCACCAGAGGGUGUUGUACAUAGACAUCGACAUUCACCAUGGAGACGGAGUGGAAGAGGCGUUCUUCACCACAGACCGGGUCAUGACUGUCUCCUUCCACAAGUAUGGAGAAUACUUCCCUGGCACCGGAGACCUGAGGGACAUUGGAGCAGGAAAGGGGAAAUACUAUGCUGUAAACUACCCUCUCAGAGACGGCAUCGAUGAUGAGUCUUAUGAAGCCAUCUUCAAACCUGUGAUGGCUAAAGUGAUGGAGAUGUUCCAGCCCAGUGCAGUGGUGUUGCAGUGUGGAGCGGACUCUCUCUCAGGAGACCGACUGGGCUGCUUCAACCUCACCAUCAAAGGCCAUGCCAAGUGUGUGGAGUACAUGAAGAGUUUCAACCUGCCUCUGCUGAUGUUGGGAGGAGGAGGUUACACCAUCCGUAACGUGGCCCGCUGCUGGACCUACGAGACCGCCGUGGCUCUGGACAGCACCAUACCGAACGAGCUGCCAUACAACGACUACUUUGAGUACUUUGGCCCUGACUUCAAGCUCCACAUCAGCCCGUCUAACAUGACCAACCAGAACACCAAUGAUUACCUGGAGAAGAUCAAACAGAGGUUGUUUGAGAACCUGCGCAUGCUGCCCCACGCCCCUGGGGUCCAGAUGCAGCCCAUCCCAGAAGAUGCUCCACACCCGGACUCUGGAGAGGAGGAGGACGAGGACCCUGACAAACGCAUCUCCAUCAGGGCCCAUGAUAAGAGGAUAGCCUGUGAAGAGGAGUUCUCUGACUCUGAGGAUGAGGGACAGGGAGGAGGAGGAAGGAGGAACGCUGCCAACCACAAGAAAACCAAACGAGUCAAGACUGAGGAGGAGAAGGAGGAGGCAGAGGAGAAGAAAGAAGUGAAAGUGGAGGAGAAAGAUCCAGAGGAGAAGAUGGACACAGCAGGGCCAAAAGAAGAAACCAAGACGUCUUGAAGUUGAAGCAUCAGAAAUGCAUGGCUUUCCAGUUGUGCACCAAUACACACAGCAACCGAAAAGGACUGUAAAUUAUUCUCUAAUGCUGUUUUAGUAUUUCUUCAGACGCGGUAAAAUGUUUUGGGCUGUUUUAUUAUCAUUGUAAACGCCUUUACAAAAGGUGUGUUGACGGCUGUCUAGUGCACUGCUCUGUAACGCGCCUUGGAUUGAAUCCCGACCUUAUUUCCCUCCCUCUUCACUGACCCGAGGUAACAUAAGUGAAA